GUGUGAAAAAUAUAAAAAGUAAAUAAGAUGCGAAACACAAGUGAAAUUCACGUAUUGCUUUUCAGGGAACUUUCUCCUUUUACUAUAUUUUCUUGGGUAUAGUAUACAAUGUGAAAAUUGUUUUCAGCCAUUGCACUGGUGCAAUGAACGUCAGGUGGUUGGAAGCCCAUUGGGAUGCAUGUCUAGAUGUUUUUAGCCAUUCGAUGUUCAUCGUAUUUCAUCGCUCAUUGCAAAGGAUGUGGGAUCCACUAAGAAGAGUGGGUGAAGAUAAUAGCGAGGAGAUUCAAAUUUGAGACCUCUUAGUGAGUGUGUGGACUUUUCACACAACCCUUUCACCAUGUAUUUUAGUACUUCAAACUUAUUUUAUGGGCUGACCCAAGCCUGAUAUGAACCUUUGUAGGCUGAUUUGGGCCUUAAUUAUAACCUGUCCAUUAAAUCCAUGAAAGUGCGUGAUCUCAUUCUCUCUUCUGAAUGUCGAGGCCCUGGGCCCCACUAUAACUUUUUUUUUUGAUAGGUGCCCCACUACCACUUGGUGUUUAUUAAUGCCAUUACUCAUUAGGAUAGAAGAGAUCUCGAUCGUACGGUCGACCUUGUGAGGCAUUUUGAUUCAGAUCACACAGCCGCGAAGCCAUCACGAAACCGCCAAAAGGCCAGUCUCCAGUCUGCGCAAGCAAACGUAUAAAUGGUGAGAGUUGGGCACUUUCGCCAAAGAAGAAGAAUGAGUUGAGCUUCGCUCUAUUGUCAUGUUAAGUUGUAGUUGUGGUUGUAGUUGUAGUUUCAGUCUUUGAUCAGAUCAUUUCGUAACAGUCAGAGCGGAAUUUCUCUCAAUCCAAAUCUCUCGCCGACAAAUCCGUUCUAGAGACCGAUCUCUUAAUUGUAACUGGUUUUCCUAUUCCAUUGAGCCGUUGAUCCCUUCCUUUCAAUUGUGAUUCUUCAAUCUCCACCGUAUUUUUAUUUUUCUAUUUUUCUAUUUCCAAUCGCCACUCUUGUUAGUUUCAUCGCAUUUGAUUAUAUUCUGUUCUUGUCGGGAUCGUUGAGAGUUUGGGCAAUUUAGUUUGCCCUUUUUCUUCUUUGAUCUUUGCGGAAUGUGCUAUAACUGAAUUGGGUUUGUCCAUUGUAGCCUUUUCUAUGUUCAUAUGCUAUCGAUUAAAUCCUGUUCUUGGGAAGGUAACAGGAUUGAACCAAUCCCCUGAAACUUUAGUUACAGAUUGGUUUCUGGGGUUUUCUCUCUCCUGCAACUGCGUUUGUUUUUUCUGCCAGAUAUUUUUGCAGUGUUUGUAGGAGUGGUUCAGUGGAUGGGGUUUAUAUCCAUGGUGUCUCCCAACAGAGGUGAGACGGCCCAUUUCCCCUCUCUUGCUAGACAAGCCUCUCAGUACCUUGAUGACGUCCAGAACCAGCUAGGGAAUUCGGGAAAGCCCAUGAAUAGCAUGAAUUUGGAUGAGCUGGUAAAGAGUGUCAUUGCUGCAGAACAGAACCAGGUAUUCCACAAUGCUGUUGCUUCUUCUCCAUCAUCAUCAUCCUCGUCUACUGCUAAUAUUCCUGAGAAUUUGAAUUUGAGUCGAUCUCUCAGCAGAAAAACUGUCGAUGAGGUUUGGAAAGAAAUCGUUCAGCAAGAGCCGGGAAAUGCAGAUGCAGAUCAUGAUGGGUCAGUGCAGAGGCAAUCGACUCUUGGCGAAACCACCCUUGAGGAUUUUCUGGUCCGGGCUGGCGCCAUUAAUAUAGGGAAUCAAGAUGGUGUUGUUAAUGCACAGCCACCGGUGGCCAUUGAUCCCAUGGUUGCGGCAUCGCAACAGACAGAUUGGAUGCAGUUUCAGAUGGCGGCUGUUCAGCAACAACAGCAGAUGUCUGUCUUGGGUUCAACUAUGCCCCUUGCUGUAUCAGUUUUUGGUAGUUCAGCUGUGGAUGCUGGCUACCCUGAGAACCAACUGGCACCAUCCAUGCCAAUGCCUUUAGUGUUGGCUACUUCCGCAGAGUCACAGGCAGCAGUUGAAAGGAAGCGUCUGAGGUCCUCAGAUGAGAAAAUGGAGAAGACUAUUGAACGGAGGCAGAAAAGGAUGAUUAAGAACCGGGAAUCAGCUGCUCGAUCAAGGGCAAGGAAGCAGGCUUAUACCAACAACUUGGAGAAUGAUGUUGCACAGCUAAAGGAAGCAAAUAAGGAGCUUAAAAAGGAAAAGGAGAUGCAGAUGCUUUUUCCUUUUGAUCCGAGUGCAGUGCCUAAAUACCAACUUCGCCGCACUAGCUCAGCAAAAUUUUGAUGCAGGCAUGGAUAUCAAAUACAUCUUUACCUUAUUUUUUUAGUUGUUUCCCUCUUAUUCUUUAGUUUAUAGAUCUGCUCGAUCUAUAGUUUUUUGGUGGUCUUUUCUAAUUAUUUGGUGUAGGCUGAGGGUGAAAGGAACUGACAUCCACUCCUCACCACCUUCAAUAAUUAAAGGGGAGAAAAAAAAAGAGAGAACCCAACAUUUGUCGCCAGUCUCUCUCAUCAUAGGCAUUUAUAUGUACAGGUUCCUUAUCUAUUUGUUAGUUGGAAAGAGGGAGGUAUGAGAGUGCAAAAAAAAAGAGAAAAGAGAACCCAAUAUUUGUUGCCAGUCUCUCUCAUCAUAGGCAUUUAUAUGUACAGGGUCCUCAUCUAUUUGUUAGUUGGAAAGAGAGGUGUGAGUGCAUUCUCUCCAACAGUAUGAGUUAUUAGUCUUAAGAGGUUUUGAUAAUUUGUAGGAAAUUUUGUAAACUUCAUUUGUUUUCAGUUCAUUCUGAAUUUUGUCAUGUUCUUAGAUUACUGAGGUGUUUCUAUCCC